UUCUACUAUUGCUAACUCCGGAAAUCCACCAAACUGGUUCAAAGAAACGUAAGACUGAGGACGAAGGGGACCAACUGGUUUUGUAACUUGGUCAUCGCACUCCAUUGUCAUGUUUUAUCUCUCUACUUUCUCUCUCUAUAAGGGAGAGAGAUAAAACCCUAUUCCCCCUUCUUCAUCUUGCUCCACUAUGCCAGUGCCUCCCAAACCCAUCAACACCUUCACCAUCACAAUCAUGCUUGCCUUCACCUUCAUCCUACUCUUCUUCUCCGGUUUCCUCCACUUCCCAUCCGUUUCGCCCUUGCCGCGACCCAUCGACCGCCCCGUGAUUUUAGGGACCGGAACCGCCGCAGAAUCCUUCACCGAUCUGGUGGUUGCAUUCAGGAAAUGGGACUCGCAAGUGGGUUGUGCUCGGUUCAAGGAGAAAACAAAUGGGGUGGGCUUCAAUCAGUCAAAGCUUGCUUCUUUGCAAGAGGUUGGGGGUGAUUCGGCUUGUGGGGGCUUCACGAUGAACCAUGUUAGCAUUUUGGUCAAAGGGUGGACUUGGAUUCCUGAUAAUUUGGAUAACUUGUACACUUGUCGAUGUGGGUUGAGCUGUUUGUGGACCAAAUCGCCGGUUCUUGCCGACAAGCCUGAUGCUUUGUUGUUUGAAACAUCUACACCUCCGAAUCAGAGACACAAGGGGGAACCGCUUCGUGUAUACAUGGAUCUCGAAGCUGGCCGAAAGAGAUCAGGUCGAGAGGAUAUAUAUAUUAGUUAUCAUGCUGAAGAUGAUGUACAGUCAACCUAUGCUGGUACUCUGUUUCACAACAGUCGUAACUAUUACAUCUCCAACAAGAAAAACAACGAGAAACUUGUUUAUUGGUCUUCAUCACGAUGUCUUUCUCAAAGGGAUGAACUUGCAAAGAAGUUCCUUGGCUUGGUGCCGCAUCAUUCAUUUGGCAAGUGCCUAAAUAAUGUUGUGGCUCUUUCUUUCUAUCCAGAAUGUGCAUAUGAUGCCAACGUUGAACCAAAAUGGUGGGAUCAUAUACAUUGUGCCAUGUCUCACUACAAGUUUGUUCUUGCAAUUGAGAACACUUUUACUGAAAGUUACGUGACGGAGAAGUUAUUUUAUGCCUUGGACUCUGGUGCAGUUCCCAUCUAUUUUGGUGCACCAAACGUCAUGGAUUUUGUUCCUCCACAUUCAAUCAUAGAUGGUAGUAAAUUCAGCUCGUUGAAAGAAUUGGCUACAUACGUGAAGGCCGUAGCUAAUGACCUAGUAGCCUAUGCAGAAUACCAUGCAUGGAGAAGGUGCGGUGUAUUGGGUAACUAUGGAAAAACCCGAGCAAUGAGCCUUGACACAUUGCCAUGCCGGUUAUGUGAGGCUGUUAGCAGAAAAGGUGGUAGAAAUGCAAGAAGCUAGGUUGCAACCUGUAUAAGCGCACACUUGGUUCACUUAUCCAAGUCAUUUGACCGAAAAAAGGAAAUAAAAAUCAAAGCAAAGUUACAGAAAUAUAUCAUUAUUUUCCCCCUCAUUUCUGAUAGAAAGUUGUUAAUGCUGCUAUCUCCACCUAGUCAAUCUAGACUACACUAUAGUUAGUUGAUUUUAUGAUGUAUAAUUUUUAAGAAACGCGGGCAUAUGUCAACUUGCAAUGAG